GAUGGCUACAUUUUAUGAUUGAAAAAAAAACAACAAAACAAAAUCAACACAAGACAUUUUCGAAAUAACUUCGGUCGUAGAAGGGCGAACUUAAUAGAUCUAAAUUCUAAAUCUAGUGAGUUAAAAGUCUAGAUAAUUAGAAUCUAGGGUAAUUCUGAAUGAGUUCAUCGAUUUCUUGUUUGUGAUGGCUGGAACGUUUAUACACCGAACACUGAUUCAACCAAUCACUUUUGUUAAACAAAAUAGUUUUCUUUUUAAAUUAAGAAACUGUUCUAAAAACGUACUUUACAAAGAGAUUGCCUGCACUUCUAGCAAACGGCUAUAUUCAGAGUUUUCACUAUUGUGUAGAUUGUAUGGGACUAGUGAAAAUUAUAUACGAAACUUUUCUACAUACACUAGGCACUGGGUAACUACAUUAAGUUUUAAUAACUUCAAAAUGAACUCCAAAGGGAGCCAUCUUAGACUUUUAUCUACAAAUAACUUUUACCAUGGGCCAUUUAGUACCAGCUUAAUUCAUAGCUCUCCCAUCCAGGGAGAUAAAGGUCUUCCACUUCUUGCCUGCUUUUCAAGGCCAACUGCAGCAGCCCUUAGAUGUAAACACACUAUGCCCAGGGUUCCACCUACUAGAAUGAAUGGUGUUUAUGAAAUAGAAGGGGCAAUAACUGACAGAGAAGCUGCUAAGCAGUUCGUGUAUGCAUUAAAUAUCAAUGAAAGAAAACAUCUUUAUGAAGAGCUGGCCAACUUUCAUGGAGAGAGUGUUACACUUACUGAUCCUGCUCAAGAAAAACCAACCAGGCAACAGUUGAAACAAGUUGCUCUACAUCAAAUGUUUCCAUUCAUUGGAUUUGGAUUCUUGGAUAAUUUCCUUAUGAUUGUUGCAGGUGAAUACAUUGAUGUAACAUUGGGUGUCACAUUUGGGAUCAGCACCAUGGCAGCUGCAGCCCUGGGGAACCUCAUUUCUGAUAUUGCUGGAUUAGGUUCUGCGCACUAUGUGGAGAUCCUGGCCGCUAAAGUUGGUAUGAAGAAUCCUCAUCUCUCUCCCGCUCAAGUGGACAUGGGCAGCACAAAGUUCGCUUCAAAUAUGGGUAAAAUAAUUGGUGUGACCAUUGGUUGCUUGUUGGGAAUGUUUCCUCUACUGUUCUUCAAAGAUGACAAAGAAGAUAACAAAGCUACCUCAGAGAAAAAAGAUUCACCGGAAACUGAGAAAUAACUUAUUUAUUAAUUAAUUAUCUAUUAAUAACUUAAGCUAGUGGCUCCUAAUACACAGCAUUGAUAUCAUUUUGAUGAGUCAUCUGGUUGUUUUAUCUAGUGACACAGAAAUCGAAGGAUAGUUAAUAAUCAUCUUGCCACUCAAUAACAAUCUUAUUUUAACUUUUAUUUAGUAAAAAAUCAAAAUUUAUUAUGUUGCAAUUUAUAACUAAAUAAAUACAUUUAUCAAAUUAUUCUAUGAUUAUGUCACAUGAGCCAUCGAAGCAAAUCCCAAUUAUUUGAUGUUGUCACACACACACACCUUCCACUUUUCCAACAUUUUUUUUGUUACCAUCAUGACCUCACCAGAUGAUUAUUUUGAGAACCAUUGGCUAUUAUUAUUUUCAUAGAAAUCAUAAGCUAUUAAAUUUUCCAUGGAAACAAAUAAAUCCUCACUUCUAACAGCAAAGAUUACUAUAUCUACUUAAACUCUCUCGGUAUCAUCAAUUAUUGAGCAUUUCUGAUUUUGUUUUGGGACCAUAUGAAAUCCACGCUUAAACAAUUUUCAUAAAGUUUUCUAAUACCUGUGUCCACCCAACAUUAAUAGAUACAAGAAAUAAAUGUGGUUGGUCAUUGUGCAAUCCACGACAUCAUAGUUAACCAUUGGGCAUAGAGACAGAUGUGCUCCCAUUAUCUGCUCCCAUAGAUAGCAAGGUUUGAAAGAGGUAACUUCUUUCUUCUCUAAUAUCUAGCACCUACUUUUGUGUAAAAUUAAUGGCUUACCAUUUGUAGACAAGUUCAGUAAGCUAAGUUUUAAUUAGAAAAAUACUUUAGGCAUGGUUGAGAAAUGCAUGGAAAUAUACCAAGUAUCCAUGAUAAUACCAGGAGAGCUUUCAGACAACCAUGUUGGGUACGCAGGUUUUCAUAUUUUGUAUAAAUUUUUUUUUUUUUUUAAAUCUAUUCCCCUUUUCUGAAAGUUUUAAAGGUUUUUAGUUUCUAAGUUAACUGUUUUCAAGAGGAUAAGUUUUUUUGGGAGACACUUAGGAAUGCUCAUUAAUGAGUCAUAGUUUUAUGAAAACCUUAAUAUUAGUUCUUAACAGAUAGGAAGAAACACCCAAGUUGGCAAAGUAAACCCUGUCCUAUUCUUUUGUUGAUGAUUGCCUUGGAAUACACUUUACAUUCUCACUAAAUAAGCUCUCCAAGAAACUGCCACCUUUGCCUUUCAGUGUAAUUGUAUUGUGGAACUUAGCGCUAAGUAGGAAAGAUUGCUUUUAAAUCUUGUUUUUGUUUUUUAUUUUUUAAAUUUCUGGUUCUAAGGAAUUUACUUGAUGUGAGCGUUGUGUGGGUAAUAGUUCUCCAUGUAAAGAGAUGUAGAUAGAUACUAAUGUAGUUGCAUUAUGAUCACAGACACUUGAUACAAUGCUUUGUGAUAGCAGAUGGAAAAAUGUAUUUAUUUGCUUGUACCCGCUAUUUGAAAUGCCUCCUAUUAGUUAUUAUUGGUUUAUUUUAAUGUACAUUAGUAUAUCACACUACAAUGAACACUUGAUUUUAAACAUAUUCUUUCAUCUUAUUUAUUCAUUGUACCCCCAGUUUUAACUGUUUCAUUUCCUUUUGUUGAGAUGGUCACAGUUAUUGAUUUUGUUAUUGGAGUCAAAGUUUAAAAUUUUAAUCAAUCAUUGUUUUAGUUCUUUGUUUCCUGACAUUUCCUAGUCUUGUUUUUACUGAACAAUCAGAAGGCUCAUUUGUCAGACUUAUAUAAACACCAAAAUGACAUUCUAAAUCACACUGAAAUAUUCUGUAUUUUAUUUGUCAUCAUAUACAUUUUGUUAGAGAUGUUUCUCAUAUCGAAAUUAGCUUAUGUGCCAUUCAAAAUAAUUUUAUAUAAACGUAUAUCACAUAUAAUAAUUAAAAUAUAUUUCUAAUCAAAUAUUCUUAAUGCCAUAUAUUUCUCUGUCACAAUGUUUUUAAUUUGUUACAAUGCUAUUUAAAUACUGGAAAUGUUUUCAAAGAAAGAAAUGGGCCACACUAUGAAAUGAAAAGUUGAUUUGGGGGGAGACUGCAAAAGUUUAGAUGUGAUUCUGCUUGAUUUGUGCCUUUUUCAUUCUUUCAAAUUAUGAGAUGUGUGGCUUAGAGGCAGUAACCGCUUGGCUAUCUAUCAAGUGGGCUCGAAUUCGAAUCCCAACUUGAGUUAAGUUGUGCUUGUUGACCACCUCAAGGCAGCAUGGAAGCCUUCUACAUAAGUUCACAAAAAGAGAUUGGACCAUAGCACACUGAGCAUCCUAUAGAGUGACAGAUGGGCUAUACAAAUUAUAAAAGUAAUUGAAAAGAAAAUGUGAAAGAUGGUCCAUUAGGACUUAAAGUUUCUGUGACAACUUUAUAUAUUACAAUAUCAGACUUUAGUGCCUGAGAAAAUCUUCCAGUUUUCUGUCAAUUUAACAAAUAUAUCUAGCUGUUUUAUUAGCUUAAAAGUAGUUCUUAGAGUUGAAUAGAUAAAUUUUUUUUCUAAGUUUUAAAAUAUUUUAUACAAUUUUCCUUUUUUUUUUUAAUCAUUUUAAGAUUUUCUUUUAACUUUUCUUUUGGUCAGUGAUAAUGGUAUUUAGAUUAGAACCUGCAGUGGUUAUUUUUUUUAUUUCUAGAAACUGUUUUUAUGUUGUUACUUUGAAUAGAAUAUUAGAAAUUUGUUCAUUUUAUGAUGAACUUUCAUAUUAUUUAUAAUCUUUAAUGCCUCCAUUUCCUUGAUGAUUAUUGAUUUGUAGUUGGCAGUCUUCCGUAAAUAUUGCUAUUAACUGAACCUUAAGCUAGUUUUAGUUAAUCACCUUCUAAAACAUUGGAGCUAUGUUUUUUUUUAAAGGGUUAGGGUUUAAGAGUUGUUUUUUUUAACCGGUUGGUUCUUCACUAUUGGGGAUUUUCAGGAUAAACUAAACAAUGUCAAGGACACUAAAUUGAACAUCAAUGUUGCCAACUCAAUUAAGAACUGUUGAUCCACAAAGCUGAAGAGAAUUUGAUUCUGCAGUACUAAAAAGUGCACACAAUUUUUCAGACGACCUUUUAAAAAAAACCUAGCUUAUCACUUCUAUUAUUCUGUACAUCCUAUGGUCCAAAAAGCUAGCUAUUUAAAGUUUUUUCAGCUAAAAUCUGACUGUUUAUAGUUAUUCCUCCAUUGAUAAUAAGCCAUGAUGUAAUUUUUCUGUAAAAUAUGUCUUGAAAUUAUUUGCUUCAACGUCCAUGACAUUGUUCUUCUUAAUUGUUGACAAUGAACUUUUUAUUGUAAGCUAGACUGGAGAGUAUCUCACUUAAAAUAGGCUAGGGUAGUUGUUUUUUUUUACCUUUCUAGAUACUUCCUCUGCUCUUUUUUUUUUUAAAUAAUUUUUUUUUUUGGAUAGAGGUGGGGGCUUAGUAAAGUAUCACAUUUUGAGUAAAAUAUGUUACUAAUGUCUUCUGGUGGUGGCUUCAUUGAUUAUUUAUUUUCUAAAGGCUGUGAACUAUUUAUUAUUAGAUUUAUGAUACAACAUGUCAUUACUCUAGGACCUAAGAUAGAGUAUCAGUGUCCCAGAUCUGGGAGUCAAGUUUUAUACAGUUUUUUUUUUAAUCUUUGAAAAACGCAUAACUUUGUUUGAUGCAUGAAUUGUUGUUAAUUCCAAAAGCUGUAAAUAUUGGAAAAGAAUGAAAGCUGAAAAUUUUGUUUUUAUUAAUCUGUGGUCAGCCCUAGCCUAUAUUUUUUUACUACUUUGUAACUAUUUUACUCAAUUUGAAAUGAAAUUUCUAAACGUAUUCAUAAUGUACUAGUUCAGUGAACUAUCCUAAACUGAACACCUUUGUUUCUGAUGCUGGCACAGUGACACUGAUACAUAUCUAACCAACAUCUCCUUGGUGUUAGUAAGGUGAACAAAUUCUACAUCAUUCUUUUGUACAAUCAUUUGUUUCUUUUAUUUAACAUUGAAGUUUUAAAUGUUGUCACAUCUGUUUAGUGUUGUGAUUUAAUUUAUUGCAAUGUUCAUUUAAGUACAAAUGUUUUGCUUGUACACUUGUGUUGUACAGUACAGCUACAAUUGUUAUAUAGUUCUUUUCUUGUUUGUCCAUGACAAUUUUUAAAAUUAGCUUUGUUUUCUUUGUUGUUUGUUUUAUAUUUUGGGGUGUUUUUAACACUUGGAAGAGAAUAGUAGCCUCAUUAUGUUGAAUUAUUUUAAGUUUGUUGAUUAGGUUUACAAUAAUCACAACAGUUUUUGACUGCCUGGUGGUGUGCUAUGUGCUCUAGACUGUUGCCUAGAUGUCCCUGGGUUCGAAGCUUGCCCAUCCUUAGCCUCCGCCAUCCUGUUAGAGGUUUGGGCUGGGAUGAAAUAACUUUCAAUUCUGGAGGAACAUCCAAAACAAGUCAAAAAAAAAACAGGAUGUUUCUAUUUUAUCUUUUGAUUCAGUUUGUUGAUUAGCUUACAAUGAUGAUAGAAGACUUUUUUUUUCCCUGUUCAAUCUUUUACACAACUUGUAUUUUAAUCUUUAUCUUCAUAAUCUGUCUUUGUCCUGUGUGAUUAACAUGUCAAUUCUAGUCAAGAAAAAAAAACUCUAUUUAGUUUUAGGUUUCGUUAAAAUUAUAUUUAACAAAUAACCAGCUUCAUAUAUCUUGUAUGGUUGUAUUGAAUUAGGAUUUAUGAGGUGUAUUUUACAGAAUUGUUAUAACAAAAAGGUCUAUUUAUCAUUUUCUUAUUAUUAUUCUUAUAAUAUUCAUGUGGACAUUGAGCAUUGAUAAUGAUGUGACACCCAGAAUUCUUCUCAGGCAAUGUCUUCUAAACUAAUAUUGUAAACUGUGUUGUGAUUUCUAAAACCUCAACGUUAACACACAUUUGUUUAACUGUUUGAACUGUGUCCGCACUAUAACUGCUGUAUAUUAGUAUUACUCACCUACCAUAUAAGAAAAGGUAAAAAAAAAUUAUAUACACAAUAUUAUCGCAUGUCUCUUAAACUACCGUAUCUUUAAGUAGAAUGUUUUAGAGUUCCAAAUUUCAAAAUCUGUGACAUUCCCCUACAAGUAAACAAAAGAUAACUUAGCCUUACAUUCCCCUGUUGAUAUCAUACUAACCUUAUACUAACUCUGUAAUGUAUACACUUUGUAUACAGUAAUUUAAAAAAUCCUGACUAUGUGAUAUUUUCAUCUUAAAAUGUAAUAAAUUGUAUAAGAAAGGUGUUGAAAACAAAGAUCUCAAGGACUGAUAUUCUAGAGAAAAAUGUAAUUACAGUUAGCAAUUCAUAAAUUAUUUUAUGUUUAUUUAAGGGGAAUUUUAGUCUCUGUACUACUUGUGAUUUUAGAGACUAAAAGAAACAAAUUGAUAUUUCAUAAUAAGAAUAUCUUAAUUAGAAUUGUAAUAUUUUUAUUUCUGGCAAUAAACAUGUCUCUAUUGAAAUAAAACAAAAUUAAAAAA